AUUCAUCACAAGACCAUCUUCAUCUUCAUCACCAGAUUUUUCCAGGGGGGUUUGGAUAUCAGAAAAGACACCUGUCGGAUGACAUGCACCCUGAGCAGACAAUGAUCUGAAGGCCCUACCAGGAGGCCACAUACUUUCUUUCUUCCUUCCCUCCUUCCUUUUUUUUUUAUCAGUGGAGAAAGACGGGUGAGCCCAGCUGCCUCAGACAGGUGGCAUACGGAGAGAGAGAGAGACUCUCUCACACGCACACAUCUUCAUCCACAGAGGCAACUAGUCACUGUUUGUGGUCCUGUAACUGCCUCGAGAAAAUUUGACCUCUGACUUCACCACACUCCCAACCUUGCCCCUACCCCUGCUCGGCCAAUCACAGCAGCCAUGGGGAGGAAAAAGAUCCAGAUUCAGCGAAUCACAGACGAGCGUAACAGACAGGUGACCUUCACCAAACGGAAGUUUGGUCUGAUGAAGAAAGCUUAUGAGCUCAGUGUGUUGUGUGACUGCGAGAUUGCCCUCAUUAUUUUCAAUCACUCAAACAAGCUCUUCCAGUAUGCCAGCACCGACAUGGACAAAGUGCUCCUCAAAUACACAGAGUACAAUGAGCCGCACGAAAGCAGGACCAACGCAGACAUCAUCGAGGCUCUGAACAAGAAAGAGCACCGGGAUUCGGAGAGCCCAGACCCCGAGGAGCCGUUCUCCCUCACGCCUCGCACAGAGGAGAAGUACAAAAAGAUAGACGAGGAGUUUGAUAAAAUGAUGCAGAGCUAUAGGCUUUCAUCCACAGUGCCACCGCCCACUUUCUCUAUGCCAGUCACAGUGCCGGUGUCCAGUCAGAGCCCUCUGCCAUUCAGCAAUCCCAGCAGCCUCGUCACCACUUCCUUCGUCACCUCCACUCUCACAGACCCACGCCUGCUGUCACCACAGCAACCGCAGCUGCAGAGGAACACGGUGUCUCCAGGCCUGCCACAGAGACCUGCCAGCGCAGGUGCUCUUUUGGGUGGUGACCUCAACAAUUCAAAUGGAGCGUGCCCAAGCCCUGUGGCCAAUGGUUACGUCAGUGCCAGGGCCUCCCCAGGACUCCUCUCAGUCUCCAACGGCAACAGCAUGGGGAAAGUAGUGCCGGCUAAAUCUCCCCCACCACCCAGCACUCAGAUGGUGAACAGUCGCAAACCGGACCUUCGGGUCAUCACCUCCCAGAGCAACAAGGGUCUCAUGCAGCUGACAGAUGAAGAGCUGGAGUUGGUGAGUGAGAACGCUCAGCGGUUAGGCGCCUCUCAAGUGACCCAGCCUCUUACCACACCAGUGGUUUCCGUGGCAACGCCGAGCCUCCUGUCUCCAUUCUCCAUGCCAACCGCCUACAACACAGAGUACCAGCUAACAAGUGCAGAUCUCACAGCCCUCCAGGCCUUCACGCCGUCGGGUGCACUGUUGCCAAGCAACAUGACCACUUGGCAACAGCAGCAGCAGCCAUCUGUAUCCCAACUAUCACAGCAGCAGCAACAACCACAGCAGCUAACUCUGGCCUCCCUCAGUAAUCUUGUCAUGUGGGGCUCAGACAAACAGAACGGAGAGAUGGCUCACUGCAUCUCUGGUCUGGCUGCUAAUCUCAGUGUGACCUCUCAGGGCAGCUUACUCUUGGGCAGGGAGGAAGGGAUCAGCUGGCCCGUGGGAACGCUCCCUCAUGGAGCUACUCUGACGGUUAACACUAACCCCAACAUCAGCAUCAAAUCCGAGCCAGUGUCUCCUAACCGGGAUCGCAGCACCCCUAGUUCCACCACCGGGGCAGCGGGUGGCAUAUCAGGCCUAACUGUGUAUCCAGCGACGCUGCGUUUGGAGCCCACCGGCCGCUCUCCAGUCGACAGCAUCAGCAGUAACGGCAGCUCUUACGAAGGAAGCGACCGAGACGACGGAGGGCAGCCGCGCCCUCCCGAUUUCAACUGCGCCAGCCUGGGUCUCCUCCGAGCUUCUGGAGAGCAGCCAGCCCAAGCAGAGCAGCAGGAGUCAGCCAACGUGAAACGCAUGAGACUGGACACCUGGGUCACAUAAACGCUGAAGGAGAGAGCGAGAGAGCUGCUCUCUCACCCACACAUACACACACACCGACACAAACACACCCCUAGUGGCACCUGCUUUCAGCAGCCAGUCUCAGUCCGCACUUAGACACAUGCAUGCGCCUGUCUCUCUGUCUCUCUCUCUCUUGUCUCACUCUCAGACACACUCAUAUUUACUGGUGUGUGUGUGUGUGUGUGUGUAUAUAUUUAUAUAAAAUAUGCAUAUAUGAUCACACACGCAGUCACGCACUAGAUCCUCACACACAGUUGCCAAUCCAGGUGUAAACGUGUUCACGUAUAUGAGACUGAAGAGAUGUACCGGGCCAGAAUGGCUUUUGGUCACGUCUCAGAUAUCCCCGCCUCUGCUCAGAGACGCCAUCUGGAUCUCAGAUCAACUUUUACAGGCCUUACCAUCGACCCGAUCAGAGUUCAGCGGCACUGCUCUGUCCAAACAGCUUGUUAUGUUGCCUAGACAAGCCUGUCAAUCUUCUUUUUUUGUAUUGAUUUCUCUUUUGUUUAGUUUUGUAUGAAUGGUUGCAUUUGCCAUUUAUAUUCUCGAUUGACUCUUUCUCUCUUGCUUUUCCUCUUUCUUUUUAUGUAUUUUUUUCUAUCUGCUUGAGCAGCUGCCUUUAGAAUCGCCCCCGUUCCUUUAAAGUAGGAUCUCUAUCUUUGUUUUUCUAACUGUGCAGAAACUGCGCAUAGUGUGCGUGCAUGUGUGUGUCAGUUGUGAGACGGAGGUGCACAUUCAUUCGAUCGCUAAACACAAUUCAGCCAAAAAACUCCACUCUCUCGUGUUCGUUUUCCAUCUUUCGUGGUAUCGUAAUCUCGCACCAGUCCCCUCGCUUGCACACUUGUAUGUGUCUAUCGGCGGAGCUCUAAGCACAAACGUCCUGGAUUUUCUGCGUACGCAUGGACCGUAAAUGUGGUGUCGUUGAUGGAAAUGUAGAUCUAUCUAUCUGUACUAAUGAGAUCCAGGUGUGCAGGAAACGUGAGUGUGGCUGUGAGCAGCGGUCUGCCACAUUAUGCUCUAUUUAUUGUUUUCGUCUGGCUGUGUAAUUCAGAAAUUAAUUAGUUAACUUUAUGGGACGAGUAUGCUUAAUUAUUGUUUGUAAGAUUCCAGGAAUAAGUAAAAAUCUGAGUUGUUGUUUAACUCACGAUGGCGAGUUUUGAGAUCAUGUAUAUACAAAAUUUCUCAGUGUUUCAGAACAGGUGUAUAGAGAAAGAGUUGGUGGCAAACACAUCUCAACUAUAGCUCAUUUUAGAUAAGAAAGAGAUGGAGGUUGUGUAGCGCUGUGUGUGUGUGUGAGAAGCGUUGAGAUUGUACAUAGCGAUGUAUGUUCACAUAUAUUCUGCUGGGUCUUUCUGAAACAGCGCUGUAAUCUCAGUGGAACCGUCUCUGUCAACCUCUACCUGUAAAUAAACUGUACCGUGUUGUAAGUUAGCAAGGUGGAGAGGCAGAUGAAGGAGGAUUUGACUGUUUUUAAGCGUGACACUUUUGUCGUUUUUGUCCUGAUGGCGCGAACUUUAAAAUCUUUCCCCCUCGUCCGCUCGCACACCUUCAGACACACACGUGAGGAAUUGAUGCUUCCUUGCAUUAUCAUUUACACAAUCAGUCCACUUUGAUUAUCCGUCUUUUUACACCCCAGCAGGAACAGCGAUUUCCCAGACAGCUUCGAAGGGAAUACAGCCUCCUUUCACCUAUAAGACAUUUAAAGCAUUCAGGGAAGGGUGU